CUCCGCCUGUGCUGUGUGUGCCUGUCACUGCUCGGCUGACAUCACGCAGGAUCCGCCACAAUGUCAAACAUCCACCAGCAGAGCCAGCUCAUGGCUUCCCCACGCCACAAUGACACGCACCGCCGCGUCCUCCUGCUCAUCCUUUAAAUCCACAUCCACCUUUUAUGGCUUCACCCAUGUCCCCACAGAGGAUGCGUUUGAGUAGGUCUAUGUGAGUGUGUGAGCCAGGUCAGAGGUCAUGCUGCGGAGGGAAUCUGACUCCCACGGCCUCUUUUCCUCCGGAGAGACGUCUGACAAUGACUGUGAGAUGGGGGCGAGUUGUGGAGAGGUAGAUGUUGUGUGUCUGUGCGAGGCCGGUCCCUGUACACUUUAUUCAGAAGCACACACACCUACGCCGAACACACAGCUGUGUGAACACUGUGGAAAAAAACGAGUGAUGGUAACCAGAUACUCAGAGGGAUACGGCACAGAGGAGGAGUAUGUAUUGUCUGACCCUCAGGGGGAAAGUGAUGCAGACGCUGACAUAGAAGAUACAGAUAGCAGACUUCAGGAGCCUGGUUCACUCCAGCGAAUCAGCUCACGGAGACGUAAACGCCCGCGAGUUGCGCGGCAAGACACCACUGAGAGUGAAGACGAUGGUGGGCGGAGCCACAGGUCCCAUCGCUGGAACCUCAGGCUCAGCCCUGACAGAGCACAGAGCAGAACCAUACUAGAGGAGAGCAUAUCGCAGGUCAGGCCGCUGAUCAUCUGCCAGCCAAACGCUGAGAAGGAGAAGAGUCCCAGUGAACUGUCCAAAGGAUCCAAACGUCUGAUGUCUCUGUGGCCAUCGUCCCUGUCUCUUCCACUUAUCCUCCUCCUCUCUCUUCCACUCUCCCUUUCCCUCAUCAUUGUCAUUGUGUCUUUUAUUUUACCGUGGGCCAGUGCUUGACCACAAGAUUUAGUUUAACCCAUAAAGACCCAGUGUUACUUUUGUGGCAGUUCCCAAAUUAGUUUUUUUUCUCUGUAUUUCACAUUUCCUGAGUGAUUCAAUACCAU